AUGGCCACUCUUUUACGACGGCCUGCAAAUAUCGCACGGUAUUCCCGGAGUGCCGCAGAACUCUUCACGACCUCGAGAUCGACAUAUUCGCACCACACAAGACCGCAAUUAUGGUCAUUAAUAAGCGCUCGUCAGGCACGAUCGUACGCCUCCAUCAACCCCGGGGACCCGAAACGGCCAGAUGAUGACAAGGAUAAGAACAAGAAGAAGAUUCAGAAGAGUAAGGAUGAGGAGUUGGCGGAGUUCUUCGAGUCACUUAAGAAGAAUGGACCUCAGGCCAAGAAGACGUUCAACAGCGCAGCCGAUGAGCAGGAAUUCCUUCAACAAUCCGUCCAGUUUAUCAACAAGUUGAUUUCGGAGAGCGGGCUGCCACAGCGAGAGGCGGAGCUUCUUCGUCUUGUCCAGACUUUGUUGAAAGAAGCCAAGUAUAUGCCACCUGAGAUGGAGGAGUUUUUCAGAAAACAUGUGGAUCAGAAGCAACCCAUGACGCUGGAAGAUUGGGACAAGUUCUCCAAGUUUUGGCUACAGCAUAUCGGCGAGGAGAAUGUACGCGCUGCCGAAUUCGCGAAGCUCUCGCCCGACGAAAUCAAAGCUUUGUUCAAGAAACUGUCCGAAGAGAAACCCGAGGGAGCAUUUACAUGGGGUGCACAGCAGCAGAAAAAGACCAAUGGCCAGCAGGGCCAGAAGCCGAAAGAUGACAAAGACCAAAAGGGCGGGCCUAAAGUAUACGAGUUCAAAUUCGACCCCAGCAGCUUUCUUGUGACUUCCAUUAUUUCCUAUAUGCUAUACACCACUCUCUUUCCCGGCGAGGCUAGCAGAGAUAUCACAUGGCAGGAAUUCCGAUCGAAUUUCUUUGACAAGGGUCUGGUCGAGAAAUUGACUGUCAUGAAUCGCUCUCGAGUGCGAGUUGACCUGAACCGAGAAGCUGUCUCAGGCGACUCGCCGGAUUCGCAGAAUUCACAGCGCCACGUCCACUACUACUUCAAUAUCGGCUCSGUUGAUUCCUUUGAGCGCAAGUUGGAGGAAGCUCACAACGAAUUGGGCAUUCCUAGCUCACAGCGUGUGCCAGUGGCCUAUGUUGAUGAGGUUCCAUGGCUCGCCACUGCUUUGUCCUUUGGACCUACUCUAUUGUUGAUCGGAUUUGUCUUUUACUUUUCGAGGAGAGCAGGUGGUGGCGCCGGUGGUCAGAGCAGCAUUUUUGGAAUUGGCAAGAGUCGAGCAAGACGGUUCAACCACGAGACUGACGUCAAGAUUAAAUUUGCUGAUGUCGCGGGUAUGGACGAGGCUAAGAUGGAGAUCAUGGAGUUUGUUAGCUUCUUGAAGGAAGCAGAGAAGUUCCAGAGACUUGGUGCAAAAAUCCCUCGUGGUGCCAUUUUGUCUGGACCGCCAGGUACUGGUAAGACAUUGCUCGCCAAGGCCACCGCUGGUGAAUCUGGUGUACCUUUCUUCAGUGUCAGUGGAUCUGAGUUCGUUGAGAUGUUUGUCGGCGUUGGUCCCUCUCGAGUGCGCGACUUAUUCGCCAAUGCUCGAAAGAAUACACCGUGCAUUAUCUUCAUCGAUGAAAUCGAUGCCAUCGGUAAAUCACGAUCCAAGCAGAACUUUGGCGGUGGCAACGACGAGCGUGAGAGCACACUAAAUCAAAUCCUGACCGAGAUGGACGGUUUCAACACUUCUGAGCAAGUCGUCGUUUUAGCUGGUACCAACAGGCCUGAUGUCCUCGAUAAGGCUCUGAUGCGUCCGGGCCGCUUCGACAGACAUAUCGCUAUCGACCGACCAACAAUGAAGGGAAGAGAGCAGAUUUUCCGAGUCCAUUUGAAGAAGAUUCUUACAAAGGAGGAUAUGGACUAUCUUUGCGGACGUCUUGCUGCUUUGACACCGGGAUUCGCCGGUGCUGAUAUUGCCAACUGUGUCAAUGAGGCUGCUUUGGUUGCUGCUCGUGAACAAGCCGAGAGUGUCAAGAUGAAGCAUUUUGAACAAGCCAUUGAGCGUGUGAUUGGAGGUUUAGAGAAAAAGUCUCUCGUCCUCUCUCCCGACGAGAAGCGCACAGUAGCCUACCAUGAAGCCGGCCACGCGAUCUGCGGCUGGUACCUGAAAUGGGCCGACCCUCUACUCAAGGUCUCCAUCAUUCCCCGUGGACAAGGCGCGUUGGGAUACGCGCAAUAUCUCCCAUCCAGUGAAAACUACUUGAUGUCCGUCAAUCAACUCAUGGACCGCAUGGCCAUGACCCUCGGCGGUCGUGUCAGCGAAGAACUCCACUUUGACACCGUCACCAGCGGUGCAUCUGACGACUUCAAUAAAGUAACCCGCAUGGCCAGCGCUAUGGUCACCAAAUUCGGCAUGUCUAAGGCCAUUGGCCCCUUGCAUUUCGAGGAAGAUCAACAACAGCUUCACAAACCCUUCUCCGAGGAAACAGCACGAAACAUCGACCUCGAGAUCCGCCGUAUAGUCGACGAGGCUUACAAACGCUGCACAGAUCUGUUGACGGAGAAGAAGAAGGAAGUCGGUCUUGUGGCGGAGGAACUGUUGUCCAAGGAAGUCCUAUCUCGCGACGAUAUGGUUCGUCUGCUCGGUCCGCGACCGUUCCCGGAUACCGGCGAAUUCACGAAGUAUUUCGGUGGAGGUACAAUCGCACCACCUGAGCCUCCUGUAUCCGAUGAGGGUAUCACAGGCAAAGAUGGCCGUGAUGAGACCCCUCUCCCUACCUAG